CCCGGGCUCGGCUCCCCGCGCCCUCCCCGCGCCCGCAGCCCCGGCGAGCGGCUCGCCGUUCCGCCGGUGCGAUGCUGCUGCCGCUCGCCGUGCUGCCCUGCGCCUUCGUCCUGCUGCGAGCCGCAGCCUCUCUCCAAGUGGACAUUGUUCCCAGCCAGGGGGAGAUCAGCGUUGGAGAAUCCAAGUUCUUCUUAUGUCAAGUGGCCGGGGAGGCCAAGUUCAAGGACAUCUCGUGGUUCUCCCCGAACGGGGAGCGGCUCAGCCCCAACCAGCAGCGCAUCUCGGUGGUGCGCAACGAUGACUUCUCCUCCACGCUCACCAUCUACAACGCCAACAUCGACGACGCCGGCAUCUACAAGUGUGUGGUCAGCAGCCCCGAGGAGGGCGACUCCGAGGCCACCGUCAACGUCAAGAUUUUCCAAAAGCUGAUGUUCAAGAACGCUCCCACCCCUCAGGAGUUCAAGGAGGGGGACGAUGCUGUGAUCGUGUGUGACGUGGUCAGCUCUCUGCCCCCCACCAUCAUCUGGAAGCACAAAGGCAGGGAUGUCAUCCUAAAAAAGGAUGUGCGCUUCAUCGUCCUGUCCAACAACUACCUGCAGAUCCGGGGCAUCAAGAAGACAGAUGAGGGCACCUACAGGUGUGAGGGGAGGAUCCUGGCCCGAGGGGAGAUCAACUUCAAGGACAUCCAGGUCAUCGUGAACGUGCCUCCCUCGGUGCGUGCCAGGCAGAGCACCAUGAAUGCCACUGCCAACCUCAGCCAGUCUGUCACCCUGGCCUGUGAUGCUGAUGGCUUUCCCGAGCCCACCGUCACCUGGACCAAGGAUGGAGAGCCCGUGGAGGAGGUGGAGGACGAGGACAAGUACGGCUUCACCUCGGACGGCUCCGAGCUGACCAUCCACAGGGUGGACAAGAGCGACGAGGCCGAGUACAUCUGCAUUGCUGAGAACAAGGCUGGCGAGGCCGAUGCCACCAUCCACCUCAAAGUCUUUGCCAAACCCAAAAUCACCUACGUGGAGAACAAGACAGCCAUGGAGCUGGAGGACCAGAUCACGCUGACCUGCGAGGCCUCGGGGGACCCCAUCCCCUCCAUCACCUGGAGAACCUCCAGCAGGAACAUCAGCAGUGAGGAGAAGGCUUCGUGGACCCGGCCCGAGAAACAAGAGACGCUGGACGGGCGGAUCGUGGUGCGCAGCCACGCGCGCGUCUCCUCGCUGACGCUCAAGGACAUCCAGUACACGGACGCGGGCGAGUACGUGUGCACGGCCAGCAACACCAUCGGCCAGGACUCGCAGGCCAUGUACCUGGAGGUGCAGUAUGCCCCCAAGCUGCAGGGCCCCGUGGCCGUGUACACCUGGGAAGGAAACCAGGUGAACAUCACCUGUGAGGUGUUUGCCUACCCCAGUGCUGUCAUCUCCUGGUUCCGGGAUGGGCAGCUCCUGCCCAGCUCCAACUACAGCAACAUCAAGAUCUACAACACCCCCUCAGCGAGCUACCUGGAGGUGACCCCGGACUCGGAGAACGACUUUGGGAACUACAACUGCACGGCUGUGAACCGCAUCGGGCAGGAGUCCUCUGAGUUCAUCCUGGUGCAGGCAGACACGCCGUCCUCGCCCUCCAUCGGCAGGGUGGAGCCCUACUCCAGCAGUGCCCAGGUGGAGUUUGAGGAGCCCGAGGCCACGGGCGGGGUGCCCAUCCUCAGGUACAAGGCGGAGUGGAGGGCCCUGGGCGAGGGGGACUGGCACUCGAGGCUCUACGAUGCCAAGGAAGCCAACGUGGAGGGGACAGUGACCAUCACGGGGCUGAAGCCUGAGACCACCUAUGCAGUGAGGCUGUCAGCAGUCAAUGGCAAGGGCGUGGGGGAGCUCAGCCUGCCCGCCGAGUUCAAGACACAGCCAGUCCGGGAACCCAGUGCCCCCAAGCUGGAAGGUCACAUAGGAGAGGAUGGCAACUCCAUCAAGGUGAACGUCAUCAAGCAGGACGACGGUGGCUCCCCGAUCAGGCACUACCUGAUCAAGUACAAAGCUAAGCAGUCCUCGGAGUGGAAGCCCGAGAUCCGGCUGCCGUCGGGCAGCGACCACGUGAUGCUGAAGUCCCUGGACUGGAACGCCGACUACGAGGUGUACGUGGUGGCCGAGAACCAGCAGGGCAAGUCCAAGCCUGCCCACUACGCCUUCCGCACGUCCGCGCAGCCCACGGCCAUCCCAGCCAGCACUAGCCCUGCCUCGAGCCUGGGCACUGCUGCCAUCAUUGGCAUCCUCGUGGUGGUCUUCGUGGCGCUGCUGGUGGCCGUGGAUGUCACCUGCUACUUCCUGAACAAGUGCGGGCUGCUGAUGUGCAUCGCCGUCAACAUGUGCGGCAAGUCGGGCCCGGGGGCCAAGGGCAAGGACAUGGAGGAGGGCAAGGCGGCCUUCUCGAAGGAUGAGUCCAAGGAGCCGAUCGUGGAGGUUCGGACGGAGGAGGAGAGGACCCCCAACCACGACGGGGGGAAGCACACGGAGCCCAACGAGACCACCCCGCUGACAGAGCCAGAGCACCCCGCCGACACCGCGGCCACCGUGGAGGACAUGCUGCCUUCUGUCACCACGGGCACCACUAACUCUGACACUAUCACUGAAACCUUUGCCACUGCCCAGAACAGCCCCACCAGCGAGAGCACCACGCUGACCUCCAGCACUGCCCCUCCGGCCGCGGCCGCUCCCGACGCCGCCGGCCCCGGCCAGGCCACCCCGGCCAAAGGCGCGGCCGCCGCCCCGGCGUCGUCACCGCCGCCCUCCUCCACCCCCAAAGUGGCCCCUCUUGUUGAUCUCAGCGACACCCCCAGCUCCGCUCCGGCCACCAGUAAUUUAUCUUCAAGUGUCCUGCCGGGGCAGGCCGUGCUCAGCCCCAGCGCCGCCGACGCCGCCGGUGCCGGGAGCAAGGCGGCCGCCUCCAGCCCUGCCAACCUCACGAGCCCUGCAGCUCCCUCAGAGGCCAAGCAGGAGGUGGCCAAGAGCCCCGAGAAGGAGCCUGUGCAGCCCAGCACGGUGAAGAGCCCAGCAGAGACCCCCAAGAACCCGAGCAACGUGAAGAGCGAGGCUGCCUCGGGCAGCGCCGCCAACCCCUCGCAGAACGAGGACUUUAAAAUGGACGAAGGGACCUUCAAGCCACCAGACAUUGACCUUGCCAAGGAUGUUUUUGCAGCUCUUGGCACUGCUUCUCCUCCUGCUGCCAGCGGGGCUGGUGGGCAAGCCCCCGAGCCUGCUGCUGCUGCUGCAGACAGCUCUGCCCCCGCAGAGACCGAGAAAAUGCCAGCAGAGGACAAAGGCGCCGUGCAGGACAGGAAGAGCCCCCCGGCAGAAGUGAAGACGGUGCCCAACGAAGCCACACAAACAAACGAGAGCGAGAGCAAAGCAUGAUCAGCACCGCGGAGGGGACGGCGGAAACCUUCACCCGAGCAUU